AUGGCGGGACGACUGAAGGAGAAUACGAAGGAAGCGUUAAAGAUCAUCGGAUGUGGCAGUGCUCUGUUCCUGGGGAAGCUCAUGGCCUCUGGAGAGGAACUCUUCUAUGCCAAUGCUCUGAUGCCAGUGUUGCAGAGGUUUGUGGGAGCAUAGACAGCUCAUGUCAUGGCGGUACGACUGAUUGGUCUUGGACUUGUGCCUCGCAACAACUACAAGUACCCAGCCUCACUGGAAGUGCAUGUGAUGGGUCGAAAGUUCCAGAACCCAGUCGGGAUAGCAACAGGCUUUGAUAAGCAUGGCAAGGCAGUGGAUGGUCUAUAUAAACUGGGCAUCGGUUUCGUGGAAGUGGGGACCGUCACCCCAAAGGCAUAG